GUCACCUUACGGAUGGAAGCUGCACUAGGGCAGCUUCCACCAGGAGACGAGCCGUUGGUGAUUUCCCUGCCAUUUGACACAUCGUUGCUGGUGACAAAGUCGCACUUUUAGUGAUUCCUGGAUUUCUGAGCAAAUCUCAAAUCUAUUCUCUGCAGCAAGCGACGCUCCCGGGGGCUCUCAACUACGAGCAACCGCGUCGGCAAGUGCGGAAUCCUGAUGGGACUUUUACCCAAUUUAACGAGCGCCACAAAGAAGCAUGGCUCUGCAACGAAUACAACUACAGAGACACUCGACGAGUGGCCCCUCCUCGAGUGCACCCAGGGCAGAAGCUGUCACCGAUGCUGGAGGAGCUACUCGGGGACGCUUCUGCUGCAGUCCUUGCACCUUUCAAUGGCAUCAUGUGUCGUUGGGAGCCUCGAGGUGUUCAUUUAAAAGAUGGUCCGCACACUUACGCAACUCAUUGCGGAUGGCACCAAUCAACUGUCAUUGGAUUGAUGGCGCUUGGAGCUACCCGCGUGUAUCAUAUCCAUGGCAUUCCUUGGUACUAUGGCCGCGGCCGCCGCGAAGUUGUCACGGUGAUUAUUCCACUGGAAGAAGGUAUGCUGGUAGCACUGGGUGGGCCUUUGAGGGAAAAGUGGCUUUAUGCGCAGCCCAGAGACGAGGAGAUGCUACCGGAAAGGGUGCAAUUCACCUUACAGCUCCAUGCCGAUCUGGAUGUGAUGAAGGUGCGCAAGUGAGUGUAGUGCCAGCCCAAGCUGCGGCGGAAGCCAGGAAACAAGCAGAGAAAGAAAAGCGUGAAAAAGAA